UCGCCCCUCCCCUUCGGCCUGUUUUCUGCACCCCGCCUUCCGCCCUCCACCCAGCCGUCGCCCUUGCCCUAUGCCCGGCUCCCAGCCGUAGCCCACCGCCCUUCGCCUAGUUCGCACGCCGUCCAGAGGCACCUUCCGCCCAGCUCUAACUCUGUUGAUAAAUCUACUUGACUGUCAAUACGUGGAGAAGGCAACUCACCUUUUGAAUCGACUCGGUUCUCCAUCUACGGUGCGGUGCGAUACCUUGCAUUCGCGGCGGCUCCUCCCAACCUCUAGGUUGCCGCCGACCCCAACACCCACCCAGACUUUCGGCCCACCUCUGCUCCGCCGCGACCCCUACGUUUUCUACGGCGCGCCUCCGCCGACCGAUCGCCGCAGCCACGCUUUCGUCCCGUCUCCGAGAGAACCUGAGUCGAUUGUUCCUCUAGUUUCUGAAGAAGCGAAGCAACAACCAACACAAACAGGGCGUCAUAGAAAACAACAAACAGCUGAGAAGCCUCCCAAUCCCCAGCCAACCAAGAGACGCGAGGAGAGAAGCAUGGAGCGCCUGCAGAGGAUCUUCGGCGCCUCUGGGAUGGGGCAGCCACCGUCGGACUCUCCGCUGCUCGACUCCUCAGAGCAGGUCUACAUUUCGUCGCUUGCACUCCUCAAGAUGCUCAAGCAUGGGAGGGCUGGCGUGCCGAUGGAAGUGAUGGGCCUGAUGCUGGGUGAGUUCGUGGAUGACUACACGGUCAGGGUUGUGGAUGUGUUUGCCAUGCCUCAGAGCGGGACUGGGGUCAGUGUCGAGGCCGUUGAUCAUGUUUUCCAGACCAACAUGCUUGACAUGCUCAAGCAGACUGGGAGACCAGAAAUGGUGGUAGGGUGGUAUCACUCCCAUCCUGGCUUUGGUUGCUGGCUGUCAGGAGUUGACAUCAACACUCAACAGAGUUUUGAAGCUUUAAAUCCCAGGGCAGUUGCUGUUGUGAUAGACCCGAUUCAGAGUGUCAAGGGGAAGGUGGUCAUUGAUGCAUUUCGGCUCAUUAACCCCCAGACUAUGAUGCUUGGUCAGGAGCCACGACAGACGACAUCUAACGUCGGGCACCUAAAUAAGCCAUCUAUUCAGGCUCUUAUUCACGGGCUGAACAGGCACUACUACUCCAUCGCAAUCAACUACCGAAAAAAUGAGCUUGAGGAAAAAAUGCUGCUGAACUUGCACAAGAAGAAAUGGACUGAUGGAUUGAUUUUGAAGAGAUUUGACACUCAUUCAAAGACCAACGAGCAGACUGUGCAGGAAAUGCUGAACCUAGCCGUGAAGUACAACAAGGCGGUGCAAGAGGAGGAUGAGCUGCCACCGGAGAAACUGGCUAUAGCGAACGUGGGACGGCAGGAUGCAAAGAAGCACUUGGAAGAGCAUGUCUCGAAUUUGAUGUCGUCAAACAUAGUCCAGACCCUGGGAACCAUGCUCGACACAGUUGUCUUUUAGUUUGCUAGGAGUGGUGUCCCAACUCUAUACAGAACCAGAUUGGUGUUAGUGUUUAUGUUUAUCGAACCUGCCAUAAUGCAGUGAGCCUGAUGCCAAGUAAAUUCUGUUCUGGCAGUUCACCUUUUAAGAAAUUAUUCUGCUGUAGCACUAUGUUCUGUACGGUAGACUAUUUAUUUUAGACGGAGAUUAAGUUCAUUUCAGCUUAAUCUAGGAACUGCAUUGGUUUG